CCUGGCGCACGUCACGCCUCUUCCCGCGCUCCCAUUGGUCCCCUGAGCUGUCAGUCAUCUCCCUGCACACUCGGUGCGGGCAGCAGUUACCGACUUACCGCCACAGGUUUUUUUUUUUGCACCCCCCCGGCUUGUGGCUGAGCCGUAUGGAGUCCGUGAAGUGAAGAGAAAACUUCUCAUCCCCCCUCUACCCCCUACACUACCGAAGAGCAUGACGGGGAAAAGUCCGAGCUAAAGGAGUCACAUGCCGAGGGUUACCCGCGGACGACGCACACCCGGAUUACUCAGAGUUGGGCGCUUUCGACAUGUCGGCGAUCUCCGCCGCCGAGAAAGUGGACGGAUUCACGCGGAAGUCCGUGAGGAAGGCGCAGAGGCAGAAGAGGUCGCAGGGCUCGUCCCAGUACCGAGGACAGGGGGCGCUAGUGGAGCUGUCCCCGCUUCCCCCGCUCAAAGAUGCUACAUCCGGCGAUCAGCAGGAUCUCUUCUGUCAGAAGUUGCAGCAGUGCUGCGUACUGUUUGAUUUUAUGGACUCUAUAUCAGACCUGAAGAACAAGGAAAUCAAGAGAGCCACGCUAAAUGAACUGGUGGAGUAUGUGUCCACGAAUCGAGGGGUUAUCAUAGAGUCUGCGUACCCUGAUAUUAUAAGCAUGAUUUGUUCCAAUAUCUUUAGAACGCUCCCUCCUAGUGACAAUCCUGACUUUGAUCCGGAAGAGGAUGAGCCAACGUUAGAAGCUUCAUGGCCUCAUAUACAGCUCGUGUAUGAGUUUUUUCUGAGAUUUUUGGAGAGCCCAGAUUUUCAGCCAAGUAUUGCGAAGAGGUUUGUGGACCAGAAAUUUGUUCAGCAGCUCUUGGAGCUGUUCGACAGUGAAGACCCCCGGGAGCGAGAUUUUCUCAAGACUGUAUUACAUCGUAUUUAUGGGAAGUUUCUUGGCCUAAGAGCGUUCAUCAGAAAGCAAAUAAACAACAUAUUUCUCAGGUUUAUCUAUGAAACAGAACAUUUUAAUGGUGUUGCAGAAUUGCUUGAAAUUUUGGGCAGCAUCAUCAAUGGUUUUGCAUUACCCUUAAAAGCUGAACACAAACAGUUCCUCAUGAAAGUCCUGAUUCCAAUGCACACGGCAAAAGGCCUGGCCUUGUUUCACGCACAGCUGGCUUAUUGCGUUGUCCAGUUUUUGGAGAAGGAUACCACCCUGACAGAACCAGUUAUUAGAGGAUUGCUGAAAUUCUGGCCUAAAACCUGCAGCCAGAAAGAGGUGAUGUUCUUGGGCGAAAUAGAAGAAAUUCUGGACGUCAUUGAGCCGACGCAGUUUAAAAAGAUUCAAGAACCUUUAUUUAAGCAAAUAUCGAAAUGCGUCUCCAGCUCUCACUUUCAGGUCGCUGAGCGGGCCCUGUACUUCUGGAACAAUGAGUAUAUCCUCAGCCUAAUAGAGGAGAAUAUCGAUAAAAUUCUGCCCAUCAUGUUUGGUAGCCUGUACAAAAUCUCCAAAGAACACUGGAACCCGACAAUUGUAGCCCUGGUAUACAACGUGUUGAAAACGUUAAUGGAAAUGAAUGGGAAACUCUUUGAUGAUCUUACAGGCUCCUAUAAAGCGGAACGUCAAAGGGAGAAGAAGAAGGAGCUGGAGCGUGAGGAGUUGUGGAGGAGGCUGGAUGACCUGCAGCUGAAGAAGGCCCUGGCAGAUCAGCAGAACAGUGCUUUCAAUGUACAGAAUAAUACAAGUGCCAAAUAGACCACCGGACAUCAACCUCUGCUUCAUAGGCAUACUUUUUGUAUAUUUUUUUUCUGUUCUUAUUCCCUGAAAUUGUAAAGUAAAAGCCAACCUUUUUUUUGGGAGGGGACACAUCUCUCCAUCCUGAGAAUUGCUCAACUCUGAGAGGGGCCAGUGAUACAUUGCAGGGCAACUUGUUGCUGACCCCUCGAGCGGCGGGCGCACUAGCAAGCUCUGUGUUACAGCAUUGUAGUGACGGAAACUGGGGAGGAGAAUAUUACAUUUUUUUUAUAACCUUUAAUUUGCGUGAGGUAAUUCUGGGGGUGGUGAGAAUUAUGACUUGAAUUCUUUAAUAUUAUAUAUAUAUUAUUUUUUUUUUUGAUCGUGUUGCACAUAGGUGUAUUAGUCUGCUAUGUACAUUUUUUUCUUGGCAUUUUACAUGUGUUAAUCUCUGUUCUCUGUUUGGAGGUUCUAAAUGCACACGCGGUGUACACCCUCAGCGAUGGCAGCCAUCUUAUGGGCAAAACCAGUUGCCAUGGAAAUGCAGCUCCCUGGGGACUGGUGUCCUAAUACUAGACACUAGUGACUUAUAUUUUCCCCCAUAAUUGGUACCCAUCAUUGUUACUAUAGAUCUUGGCUAUGUAGAUAGGUUUCUAUGGAAAAGAAGGUACUUUCUUGACUACCAGCUAUAAGGGCCUUGUAGAUGCAGAUUAUUUUUUUAUAUUGGGGCAUUAGGGAUGCGGUGUUGGGGGACAUAGCCUCAGCUUAAUUUCCUGCAGACUGAACCCCUCCAAUAAGACGGCCUAUAGAAGACUAACCUCACUGUAAGGUAGCUGCUCCUCCUGGGUUUACGACACGGACAUGGAGUAGCCUUGCCAUUCAUUUACGUUGUAGCGGUCACCUAUGCAAAUCAUUCCAAUGAGUAUUAGACAACGUUGAGUGAGUGGCAAGCAAGUAUUAGUGACGUCUGUGUCCGUGCUGGUGUCGUGCACCUUUCCCCCUUGUGUUCCCUGAGAUUAUAGCCUUUUAUUAAUGUCUCUGUUGUCCGGGGAUCAGUGGUGCACAGCCCUCUAGCUCUGUAUUUUAUGAGUAAAUGGUCUCUUCAUACAAGAAUUGGUUUAGUUCUUCACUUACGGCUGCAAAAAGUGGGCCUAUGUAGCGCAGCAGAGUUUGUCACUUGUUAGAUCUCCGCUACAUCACAUGAGCAGCCUUUCCAUGAGCCGACCAAUGUCAUGACAAUCUAGCCCUGCCAGUUCACUUGGUAGCUGGUGGAACUGGCACAAUAGAUGCAUUGAUUUUUUUGUUGGCAGCUGAUGCCAUUGUAAUGGAAAUGAAGAAAUGGUAUAUUUCAUUGACAUGACUGUGUUAUUCACACGGGGAUUGUACUCCUAAUCCUCCAGCAAUGUUUGUUUUGUUGGAAGUUGACAUCGGUUGUAAGUGAUCCACGUGUCCCCUGUCACUCAUUUCUGUUAGCUUAAAGGGAUUUUGUAUGUAUGUUGUGUCAUCCUGAUACAGCCCAAUGGUAGUUGAUAGUCCUCCACACCAAUUGUUCAUUUCAGCAGUUUUUACAGCUGAACUUAAGGCACAGUAUAGAGCCACCAACCUCUGAUCUGAGGGUGCCCACUAGUAUAGCCGUUUAUGGCAUUAUAUAGAAGUGCCCUCUGCCCUGAGCACAAUGAAGGCCACCCAGCCCAGGCAACUAUGAUGGAGCAAAGAUCUUGUACCCUACACUAUUCAUAUGCUGCUGGUGGGGUAAAACUAUACUUGCCUAUCCCCAGUCCUCUUCAGGUCCUGUUAGGCUACUUUCAGUCCCCGCUCUUCUCUCUUCUUUUUGUUUUGAGAUAAGCGUUUACAGCAGCGGUAACCCGUCUCAGCCAAUGAUUGGCUGUGCGUGCAGGUCCUGUAGUAAGCGCCCGUAACAGAAGCAAAAAGAGAGACAAUAUGGGACAUGACAAGAGCUCUGGGGGACUGGGCAUAGAUAAGUAAAGUUUUUUUUUAUUUUUUUUAAUGAACUGUUGCCAGAAAGUUAAACAGAUUUAUAAAUGACUUCUAUUAAAAAAUAUUUGCCCUUCCAGUACUUCUUAGCAGCUGUAUGCUACAGAGGAAAUUAUUUUCUUUUUGAAUUUCUUUUUUUGUCUUGUCCACAGUGCUCUCUGCUGACACCUGAUGCCCGUAUCAGGAACUGACUGUCCAGAGCAGCAUAGGUUUGCAAUGGGGGUUUU